AUGAAGGCAAUACGUAAAUGCCGCUCCGACAAGCCUUGGAUGACAAGCAAGAUAAAAUCAUUGAUUAAGAAAAGGCAAACAUGUAUGGCAAAAUAUGGGAAGGAGUCCUCUUCCUUCAAAUUUUGGAGAAGUAAAGUUGCUCAAUCCAUCAAAGAAUGUAAGGAAUCGUAUUAUAAGUCUAAAGUUAGAAACCUAAAAGUCACGGACGCAAGAAAAUGGUGGAGAGAGGUUAAAAAUCUUUCUGGUAUGGCUGACAGAAAUAACCAAUGGUUUGAGCACCUCAUUCAUGGUGAACUGUAGAUUCCGUUAAUACGUUAUGCGAAAGAAUCAAUCAUUUCUUUGUAAAUCUCACAAAAGAUUUUACGCCUCUCUUACAGGACGAUGUUUCUAACUAUUCUGCUGGUGAUUCUGGUAUUGCGGAUGAUCUCUUGGCUUCAACUGACGAAGUUUAUAAAUCCCUUUGUUCUUUAAAGACAGGGAAAGCCCCGGGACCGGAUGGAAUCCCAAAUGUAAUUCUAAAAACGUUUGCCUUUGAGUUAGCGCCAGUAAUCGCUGAUAUUUAUAACUCAUCCUUACGUGAUGCCUAUUUGCCUCCUCUAUUAAAGAGAGCAACUGUUACACCUCUUCCCAAGCAGUCUCCAUCGGGCUCCAUUGAAAAUGGGAUCAGACUCAUCUCACUCACUUGCGAAAUUGCUAAAGUGAUGGAAGCUAUAGGUCUCACCUUAGCGAGAAUCAUGCCAUCCAUUAUAAGUCACUUGGACUGAUAACAAACAAUUUGCUAUGGCUGGAAAAUCUACGCAACAGGCUAUAGUAUAUAUUCUCCAUCUAGCCCUCGAGGCCCUUGACAAGGGUGGUUGCACCCUCCGAUUUUUCUUUGCUGAUUUCCGCAAGGGAUUCGAUCUGAUUGACCACAAGAUUCUACUUGAUAAACUAUCUAAACUUGGCACUCAUAACGUUGUGUUAGGAUGGAUCGCUGCCUUUUUAUAUAAAAGGUCUCAGUUCGUUCGUAUUGGGUCGGAUGCAUCUACACUUCAAUAUAUCAAUGGUGGUAUUCCACAAGGUACUAAGCUUGGCCCGAUCCUCUUUGCCGUAAUGGUGAAUGAACUUUUGUCUGCGUGGGACCCCCGUGCUAAGUUCGUUGAUGAUCUUACCGCUUUGGAAAUUGUACCUAGAAAUUCCCCUUCCUUGAUGAAUCAUAUCGUGGCAGAUAUACACUCGUUUGCUGAAGUGAACAAUAUGAAGCUGAAUCCUGCCAAGUGUAAAGAUAUGAUUGUUAACUUUCUUCAUUUCAAUACUAGUGUUUUGCAACCUAUCAUCAUUGGUGCAACACGCGUGGAAUCUGUUUCAUCAUUUAAACUGCUCGGAGUGUAUGUUACCAGUGAUUUAACGUGGUCUGUGCAUUGUGAAUACAUUAUUAAGAAAUCCAAUAGGCGUUUAUAUGCGUUGAGGAAGCUUAAGAGGAGUGGGGUAGCCCCAACAGACAUCCUAUGUGUUUAUUGUGCAAUUAUAAGAUCAGUAUUGGAAUAUGCUUCUGUCGUUUUCGCCAACCUUUCUCAAAACCUUAGCGACGAUCUUGAAAGGGUCCAGAAACGAGCACUGGCCAUAAUAUACCCUAACUGUUCCUAUGAUGAUGCCCUAAAACUAGCUGGUAUCGAACCGCUUGUCUUACGGAGGGACGCCGCCUGUAAGAGAUUUGUGGAGACAAUCCUACCUGGAAACCCACUCUAUCCAAUUGUUCAUAGCCGGUCAGCACCAGUGAACCAUGGUUAUAAACUUAGAUCUGACAAUGUUGCGAGGAAUAUCAUGAUGCGAAUUGCGAACAGACCGGUUUCAGAAAUUCGUUACCAUUAA